AGAUGCCAGCAGUACACACGCGGCAGUGAGGACCAGUCUCUGCUGACAAGCCCCAGCUCCAUCACCUGCUCUGCAUCAUGAAGGUCCCCACAGCUGCUCUUGCUGUCCUUCUCUGCACCAUGGCUCUCUGUGACCAAGUCUUCUCAGCUCCAUAUGGUGCUGACACCCCAACCUCCUGCUGCUUCACAUAUAGCCGGCAGAUUAACCGCAGAUUCAUUGCUGACUAUUUUGAGACCAGCAGCCUUUGCUCUCAGCCAGGCGUCGUUUUCCUAACUAAGAGAAACCGGCAGGUCUGCGCUGACCCCAAAGAAACCUGGGUGCAAGAAUAUAUCUCUGACCUGAAGCAGAAUGCCUGAGAGGCUUGGAG